AUGAUCACGCUCUCGGAGCAAAACUUUGAUUUCUAUUCCAAUUCCGAAGAGGUUGAUGCUGAAAUGAGUCAAACAUCGGUUGUACCAACUCUGGGGCCACUAUUGCAUACCUAUGGCCGCCGAAGAUCUAUUGAGCAGUUGCUGCAGGAUUGGGAGACAGUUCCGUCGGUCUCUGAUAUCAAUGUUGAUGAUAAUACGAUCAAAAUCGUACGUAUCGAGUCCCUUAACGAGAAUGCCAAUCCACUAUGCGCAUCGUCACCGGGUGUAGUUGUGAUGGAUGCUCAAUCAGGUUGCUCUUGUGGAAAGUCUGACGAGGUUGAGAAACAUAAAGCUUCGAUGGAAUCUUUGCGGAGAGAGAGGGAUGCAUUGCUUUUAGAGAACGCUCAGCUAAAAGCUCAAUACACGAGGCUGUUAGAUUCUCUAACAUCGAAACUUCUACCAAGGCCAGAGAAGCCAUUUUAUGAGGAGGAAGAGGAGUUUCUGGAUUGUGAAGUUCUAAUACGAUUGUCCCAUGAAGCUGGUGACAGCGACUAUUUGUUCCUGAAGUUCCUCAUGAUGAAGUUAUUCCCAGAUGGUUUGGUUGGACGCUCAGUAACGGGGCGCCCAUCAAACAAUCCCCCCGGCCGUCCAAAGAAAAGCGAUAUGGGGUCCUCUGAGAAUAUGCCCUCCAUGAACCACGAAGUGAACAGAGAAACAGGAAAAAUACAACUGGACCCGGUGAAGGUAAAGUGGAUAAAACGACGUCUAAACGAGCGCCGUAUUUUCCUACGCGAUGAUGCUGUAGCAGCUAACGUGUGCUACAAAGGCGUAGGCCACCUGAUGACAAGGGUCAUUGCAAACGCUUCGCGUUAAUUCAAUUUUAUUUUUUCUUAAGGAUUCCAUGGUAUCAGCGAUAAUUUUAACAUGUCGUGAAGUUGAUUUUGUUUUAACCAGAUAAGC